AUAAUAUAUAAAUUUAAAAAUUAAAUUACUCUUCAUUAUUGUUAGUGCAUAGUAACUGUUACAUUUUUGUAACCAUCGUCAUGAAUCAAUUUUAUUAUGCAAUAUUAAUGGUAAUGAUUGUCACUUUUAGUUAUUUCAAUGUUGUAUCAGGUGAUUGUCGCACAGUAGGACAAGAAUGUUCCAAGACUGUAUUUUCUUCAUGUUGUGAUAGCUUAUACUGUGGUCUGAAUACAUUAUUUAGUGGUCAAUGUCAGCUAUGUCUUGCAGGUGGAUAUUUCUGUUGGACUGAUAAAGAAUGUUGUUCUGGAAAAUGCAGUUGGCUUAAAUGUACAGAUCCAAUAAAAGAUGUUGUUGAAAGGUUGACUGGUUAGAAAUAAAAAGUAUGGGAGAUUAUUACAAGUAGUAAAACAGUCUGUUACAAUUUAAAUGUUCAAUCAUUCUAAUGAGAUUUUCUGUUUAUCUACUCAAUUCAAAUUAUCAGUAGUACAUUAUAUUCACUUUACAUUUCUUUUUGCGACAGAAUAAAAUACACACAUUUGAUUAUGUAUGAAAAUAAUAUUUAAUUCAGUUUGCUUCUAUAGGUGAUCAUCUAUUAUUGAUUUAUUUUUGUGUUGAAAAAUUUUGUAUGUUCAAAAGAUAAAUACAGAGUUGUUUCCUCCUUAUA